AUGGUGGUUGGUCUCCUCUCCAGCCUCAGCAGUUUUCUUCAGCUCGGUGGCAAAACAGACAUCGACAGCCCCGUCAGCAAGCUACACCACAUUUUCACUACACUUAUCUUGCUAUGUUUUUGUCUACUCCUCUCCGCCUCGCAUUUCAUCGGCGAUCCCAUUCACUGCACGUUUAACGAACACCCGCUGAUGAAACAGGAAGUAAUUGACACUUACUGCUGGCAACAUGCUACCUUCACCCUGCCGCGCCACUACAAGGGUGCGGCUCAGGUCCAUCCGGGCAUCGGCGUCUCCACAUCCCGCGACGAGAGAGUCUACCACUCCUAUUACCAGUGGGUGCCUUUCGUCAUCUUCUUUCAGGCUGAUGCAGAAUCUUAA